AUGAAUGAGAGGACGAUUAUCUCCCUCAGUCAUCAACUGGUUGACGCGUUGGAAAGAUAUGGUACACAGCGACGCGUGGCAUGCAUGCUUGAAGUCGAGCUAGGCAAGGCAAAAAGCGAGCAAGAAGUCCUGAAGAGAGCUCUGACACGACUGGUCAAGUACGACGACAACAAGGUUGAGGACUAUACCAAGGCGGUCUCCGAAAUUACGGAGUUGAAACAGUCGAUCGCGGCAUUGCUGCAUAAGUUUAAAGCUGUGUACAUCCAUGGCUCUAUCACGCGUGCACAGUAUGGCGUCAGUGGUGAUAACAUGACGAAGUUCGUUGACGAAAUGCUGAGGGACUUCGCUGCUGUUAUGGCUGACUACGGCUUAAGCAGCGAAUUGGUUGCACAGAAAGAAACUUCCCGGAGACUGAAGAGGGGGUUUAAUGCAGCGGAAGGAGUGACAGACACUAUAUACGCCCGGAGGGUCAAUCGUGGUCGUGCGACUCCUAAAGAGUCUAUACUCAAGGUGACCACCAACCCUCAACACUUGGCAACUCGGAAAUCAACUUGGGACACAUAUUGUCAGCAACUUGUUGAUAGCACACACGCAAACGAGUGCGCAACACGUGUGGACAAUUACGUUAAGCCGAGUUCCGGUAGGCGCGAUAAGGAUCAUUCCUUCUAUUCAGGUUGGCGUGCACGCGCGGUUUCUCCCGAAGACCCAAGCCAACGGAUGCAGUCAGAGAACCUUGUUGAAUCUGUCGAGGGUCGGCAUAAUCCUAGGGGCGAGGAUGCGGGGACAUCCGAUGAAGAGAAGGGGGAUACAAACGCAGGUAUGGGAGGUGUGGCAGUAGGCUGUAAUUGGUCACCGGGUUCUGUUCCUUCCGUGUAA